GCGUUUUGAUGGAGAGAAUUAUGAAAUUUUCCCGUAGGGGAAAGUGUACGAGAAGGGCGGGAAUUAGUUACGUUACUAGCGGUGACUUGAGAUGAAUAAGCAAAUCCAUCGGGCAUCGGGAGUCCCAGCGGGGAGAACUUGUCCCUUUUCCAGCACGACAAUCCCCUUCCAACACUCACUUCCUGUUGCAGGACUGUAAAUAGUAUUUCUCCUGAAAAUGGUUGCUCACUUGAAUCGAUUCUUGAGUUCCGGUGCCGGACUGGAGAAGACAUUGCGUCUGACCCAGUCCGUGGCCCAGAUCGCCGCGGUGUUUUCUGUGGGGAGCACCGCUGUGCGGUUCACUACUGCUAAAUUGCAAUUGGCGCUGACACGGCGGUUCUUCCGUUUCUUUGGCUUCAUCGAGUCCUUCAGCCGCGUUUCUACGUUGCUCAGCAAGGAUGGUAUGAGCUCUGUGCCUGGAUGGUUGGAUCUCGCCAAGUGGACCUGCUUUGGUCUCUACUUCCUGCUUGAGGAUUUGACUAUCCUACACGCUAUGGACGUCUACCUUGUCCCCUGGGAAGCGCGAGUAAUGAAAGAGGCAAACACUUUUUGGUUCUACGCUCUAUCGUUCUCUCUCGCCGGAGCUUUUUACGGCUUGCUGUUCUCUGCAUCUGCAGAUUCAGCACCCAAGGCAAAGGACCAAAAGGAAAAGAAGAACGGCACUAAGGCUGAGAAGGAAAAGCCUGAGCCAGUUGCCAAUGAGAAGGCCAAUGCCACUAAGACUACUGCUUUGGUACGACAGAUUGUGGUUGAGGGCUGUGACUUGGUGCUUCCCAUUACGCUUUUGAGCUGGGUGCACACGCCGGACUUGGUGGUCGGCUUGACGAUGGUGGUGAGCACCGUCCUGACUGGUCGCGAGAUUUGGAAGAAAGUGUGAUUUUGGGAGAUGAGGGGAGCACAAAUUGUAGACAUAUUUAGAUCAUAGAUAGGUUUCGAUAGCCGUCGUCCCCGAGAUAUAUUUUCGGAGUAUCGGGUACGUAGUGAGAGGUGGGAACUUAGAACGAGAAUCAUUG